GGAGCGAAUCUGGUAGCACCACUCAUCACAGCUAUGACAGUUCCUCCCCAAUUCAAUCAGCUGAUUGCAGCCCACGAAAACAAAAGAAAUGCAGAUCACAAUUCCAAUUUGUCAGUUAAACUUGUAAAAUUUAUAGCAAUUACCAAAUAUAAUCUGCAAAAUCCGUAUCAAAUCAUAAAGUUGAUAACACUGGAUUCUAAAAGUAGCACCAGAGAGGAAGAAGAAUCUCCUGAAAUGGAAAUAAUAAAAGUCAGUGGUUACAAAGCAUUCCGUGAGAUUGUGGAAAAGUUGACACAUGAAAGGAGCAACCAAAUAAAUGUGUAUUUUACUGGUGAGAAGGAUGCGACUGGAAAGAGUUGGUGCCCUGAUUGCAAUGACGCCGAACCCUUUGUGUUGUCUGCAUUGAAGCAACAUGCUGAUAAGAACUCAGUGUUUGUUGUUGUUGAUGUUGGGCCACGCGCAUUUUGGAAAGAUAUGAAAAAUCCUUUUCGUAGCGAUUCGGUUGCACCGAUCUCUGUCAUACCCACAUUACUGCGCUGGAAAUCGCCUGCACGCUUAGAUGGCGAACAAUGCGCGAAACCGUCCCUGCUGGAAAUGUUCUUCACUGAGGAUGUUGACUAAAUUCAGAUUUUACUCUUAGAAAAAUUAAGUAUUUUUUUUUUAACUGGAAAAUAAAACUGAAAAACAGAAUAACUGUUUA